AUCGAGGUUAGCCAUACUUUUUUUUUUGUCGAUGUCUACCAGCUCUUAAUCAUAUCUGCGAGAUAAAUCGUGUCGUAUAUUUUCAGUUUGUCUCCAAAAACGCUUUAGCGAGAUGGGUUUUCUUCGUUAAAUUUGGUCGUUUCAUGUGUUUAGCGGAUGUCAGAUAUUGAGCCGUUUUUUUUUUUGCAAUACGCGUAUUUAGUUUGCUAGCUUGUUUUGUGGCUAGCAUUAGCUAACAGCGUUAGCUUUUUAAAAUACUUGACAGUUUGUGGAGGCGUCUGACUUAUAGUUAAGUUGUUUGAAUCGGUGGCUGACAGGCAUUUAACUUAAAUAAACCCGUUUUUGUUUGCCAUGUCGGGACAGUCGUCGGGCUGUGGGUUUCUUAUGUCGGUUGUUGUUCACGGAGACUCGGCUCUGAACGAGCAGGAAAAUGAGCUCAACCAGCAACUCCGACGUCUCUAUCCGGCCGUAAACGAACUGGAAACCCCGCUUCCUCGAUCCUGGAGCCCGAAGGACAAGUUCAGUUACAUCGGCCUGUCGCAGAACAAUCUUCGAGUGCACUACAAAGGCCAUGGAAAGACCCCUAAAGAUGCGGCAUCCGUACGAGCCACUCAUCCCAUCCCAGCUGCCUGCGGGGUCUACUACUUUGAGGUGAAAAUCAUCAGUAAAGGCCGAGAUGGGUACAUGGGUAUCGGUCUCUCGGCUCAAGGUGUCAACAUGAACAGACUCCCUGGUUGGGACAAACACUCGUAUGGUUACCACGGAGAUGACGGCCACUCGUUCUGCUCCUCCGGCACGGGGCAGCCCUACGGCCCCACCUUCACGACGGGUGACGUGAUUGGCUGCUGCGUCAACCUCAUCAACAACACCUGUUUCUACACAAAGAAUGGCCACAGCUUAGGAAUAGCCUUUACAGAUCUACCGCCCAACCUGUACCCCACAGUGGGGCUGCAGACCCCUGGGGAGGUGGUGGAUGCCAACUUUGGCCAGCACCCAUUUGUGUUCGACAUCGAGGACUACAUGCGCGAGUGGCGGACUAAGAUCCAGGCCCAGAUCGACAGGUUCCCCAUAGGGGACAGGGAGGGAGAGUGGCAGUCCAUGAUCCAGAAAAUGGUGGCAUCCUACCUGGUCCACCAUAGUUACUGUGCCACUGCCGAAGCCUUUGCCAAAUCCACAGACCAGGCUGUGCAUGAGGAACUGGCCUCCAUUAAAAACCGACAGAAGAUCCAGAAGCUGGUGUUGUCAGGCAGAAUGGGAGAGGCCAUUGAGACCACCCAACAGCUGUACCCCAGCCUACUUGAGAGUAACCCCAACCUCUUAUUUAUGCUGAAGGUGAGACAGUUCAUCGAGAUGGUGAAUGGGACGGACAGCGAGGUGCGCUGCCUGGGAGGCCGCAGCCCCAAGUCCCAGGACAGCUACACAGGUUCACCUCACCCCUUCAGCAGCCCCAGACACAAAGCAAGCGGCUCCCAGGCCUACCUCACAGGAUUUGAUGGCGGCUGUUGUAAUGGGGUGAUGUCCAGUAAGGCCCACCCCUCCCCCCACAGUCACAAGCCCUGCCCCCCGGGCCCAGCCCUCCUAGCCCCCGCUGCUGAGCUCAGCUCCCUCAAUGGCAGCCACAGCCUGCAGCAGCCCAACGCCAGUGAUGUGGACAUGGAGGUUGACCACUUCAAUGGCACCUCCAAACAAGCCCAGACAGAGGACUGUGACACAGACAUGGGUGAGUGACAGGCCAUGACUCCACAUGAUAGUUUCUUCAAUGGCACCUCCAAACACGGAGCCCAGACAGAGGACUGUGACACAGACAUGGAGGUGGAGUCAGCCCAGUCCAAGAGGCAGCUGUGUGGGGGAAGCCAGGCAGCCAUCGAGAGGAUGAUCCACUUUGGCCGGGAGCUCCAGAGCAUGAGUGAGCACCUACGCCGAGAAUGCGGCAAGAACUCGGUCAACAAGAAGAUGCUCAAGGAUGCAUUCAGUCUGCUGGCCUACUCGGACCCGUGGACGAGCCCAGUGGGCUACCAGCUGGACUCUAUCCAGAGGGAACCGGUGUGUUCUACACUCAACAGUGCAAUUCUAGAGACUCAUAACCUGCCCAAGCAGCCCCCUCUGGCCCAGGCUGUGGGACAGGCUGCCCAGUGCCUGUCCAUCAUGGCACACUCUGGAAGUGGCUCCUGCGCCUUCGCUGCUGUGGACGAUUACCUGCACUAGCCCCCCACACACAUGUCCCCCCCCACCUUCACACAAACUCAAUCUGGAUCCCUCCACUCCCCGGGCUAGCCAGGGCUACUUUCAGAUUCUCCAACCUCCUGAAGUGUUCACUCAUGCAUUGGAUUGGUGCAAGAAUGCCUGGGAAGAGUUUUCACCAUCUUCCUCACAGCAGUCCAUUCCCUUGAAAUCCAUGAGGGGAGUGUACGAGUGCACUCUUUGGGAUAGGGUGGAGAAUCGGGACGUCGCCCAAGUCUCACAGGAACCCUGAUGCAAGUCUGCCCACGUAAUUUUGGUUGAUGGGGAGAAGGGGGAAAUUGCAAAGACUAGCCAACUAGUAAAUUCACCUCUCUGAUCUGUGUGACUGUGGCAAACCAUGCAGGAUUUUCAUAUGCCCAAACUACUGUGCGAAGGUGGGAGCACCCUGGUCUGAAGAACAAGGAACAGCUUUCCAGUGACCGCAUAACACCAAUCCAGUCAACAUAUGUUGACACUCCAUUUGCCAACCCAAAACGUGGUCCGUUUAAACCCCUGACCAACUAUACCGACCAGGCAAGCCAGACCCACAGAAGACGUGAGUAUUGCGACCCAUUCUAGUGCAUUUGCACCUGGGUUUGGAGUACGCUAGCCGAUUCCCACCCCGAGAAACCAACUCCUUGGUGGCGCAAAAGGCACACCCAAACCCCAUGGCAUCAGUGACUGGUGACACAUGUGGCUUGAAGACUGAAGAAGCCAGUGAGAGAAUCUACAGUCUUAACUUUUGUCUUUCUUUAAAAAAAAAAAAAAAUGUUUAUUUUGGGGAGGGGCAGUAGGUGGGGGAGGGUAGGCUCUGUUAACACUUCCUGGUUUACAAGGCAUGGUGAUUUAUUAUCCUAGCUAAUUAUAUUCUUACUUGCAUACACAGUAUAUUUGUUGCGCGCCGGCAAGAGUGAAUUCCACCAAAUAAUAAAGGUCCCAAUCCCACCACUCCUUACUAGUGACAA